ACACUGCCUCGGAGGCGCUUGCUACGGCAAACGGGAAGGGCCGUUGUUGUCACCUUGGCCAUGGCGGCCGAGCCGCCCCCGCCGCUGGAGCCGUACCCGCUGCCCACGUUCCAUGAGGAAGGAUUCACGGAGAAGUUCCUGCGCAAGACCCGCGAGAACCCCCUGGUGCCCCUCGGCUGCCUGUGCACCGUCGGUAUCCUGGCCUACGGAAUAAUCUGCUUCAAGAAAGGCAACACUCGGCGCUCCCAGCUGAUGAUGCGGGCGCGUGUCAUAGCCCAGGGCUUCACCUUUGCCGCCCUGCUGGGGGGCAUGGUGGCCACGGCUGUCAAAUCGCGACAGUGACAUCGGACAAGAGCGAAGCUGCGGCCACGGGCAAGCGUCUACCAGCAGCCCUGGCUGCGGAUGGAGUUUUCUUAGAGACUGUUGUGAUGUCUGGGUGAAGCCAGUUCUGGAGCACUGGAAAUGGGGUGAAUACACUCUUGUGAUUAACAUGUAAUUUAGGCUGUGGGGUUUUUUUUUGUUUUCCCAAGAGCUCACUUUCUCCUGCAGCACUGAGGCUGCAUGUCACUAAGGCUCACCACCCCUGUCAGACUUCUUGGCCCUUCUUGAUGCUGUCACAGGCUGAUAAAACUGUCUUCUUGGUCAUGGUCUGAGGUGUGGUUGUAGUCAGGCAGUGACCAGCAUUUGAGAAAGGAGCUGCCCAUGAGGAAGGAGCUGCUGCUUAUGGCUUAGUCCUCGCAGGACAGAGUCCCUAGGCAGCAUGGGAGGCAGUCUGGGAGGUUGUGUGACCUGUUCAAUUGAAACUGGUGAGUAAUAAAGUGAAUUGCAGCAAGA